GGUCAUGCUACUUACUAUAGUUACAGGCCGCACAGCAAGCGGGGCUCCGGUCCAAUCCGGCCGAACUCGACCGCGGCGUUGGUGGUAGGAUUUCUCGGGAAUGUCAAGUGAAUCAAUCACAUCCCCAAGAUUUUUACCAAUAUGCUAGGAGAUAGCUCGAUGCCCGAAGAACCCCGGCGGAAAAGAGUUCGCAAGGGAACGAGGAGCUGCUGGGAGUGUAAGCGGAGAAAAAUCAAGUGCAUCCCAUCUCCGGAUGUCUCGAUUUGCGCUGGCUGUCGAGAAAGAAACACGCCAUGCGUGCGUCAGGAGUAUGUGGACGACCCUGCAGCCCAUUCUGCGGACGACUCCGCGCUGGCUCGGCGUGUGGCCAGGGUAGAGUCGUUACUCGAGACCUCUAGUGGACAGUAUCACCCGGGGCCAAGUUGGGGAAGUGAGUCUUCCUGGAUCCCUUGCUGCGAGGCCAAAGGACCCCCGGUCUCUCUUUGCAUCGCCGUCGACUGGUUCGGGGGUGCAGGGCGCGGUUGGGCCUCCUCCGGCCGGAAAAGUUGAGAUUCUACGCCAGCGGUUGGCUGCGAUGUUGCCGUGCCAGGCAGACGUGGAUUGUCUGCUUGCGUCGAGCCACGGAUGGUGGCUGCUCCAGCAACAUAUCAUGCCCCAUCUCCCGGACUUGACUGAGAAUGACGUUCAUG